AUGCAGACGCGGUCCAAACAGCAGCGGCUCGUGUCGCAAGCGGCGGCAGCGCGUGUCAGUGCUGGCGUCGUGCCGUGCUCAUGGCAGAGCGUCGACGAGGGCGUCUUCGGGCACAUCUUGGAGCAGGCGCGCCUGCCGCGCCGCGAGGUCGUCCGGCUGGGCGGCGUCUGCCAGAGCUGGCGGCGCGCGGUGUGGUCCGCCACCACCAGCCUCACGGUGGUCGCGCGGAUGGACGGCCUCAACCUGCCCGGGGACGAGUCCGGCCUCGUGCCCUGGCUGACGAGCCGCCUCCGCGCCGCGCCGCGGCUGCGGUGCCUGCGCGUCUGCUGCGGCUUCAACCUGGUCGCGGCGGUGAUGGCGGCGGCGACGGCGCAUGCGCGAGGGCUGACGACGCUGGAGCUUUCCUUUUACGUGGGCGAGGGCGUCCAAGGGCCGCUGCCUGCAUCCGCGCUGCUGGGACUUACGAAGCUGCGGUCCCUCAGGGCUCUGGCGCUGGGCACGGGCGGCGACACCGCGCAGCCGCACAUCACAAAGCUCUCAGCCCUGAAGCAGCUGACACGCCUCGAGAUGCCCUAUGCACAGAUGACUCAUCAGUCGCUGGCCACCCUGGCCCGCCGCCUCCCAAACCUGACCAAGGCGUGGCUGGACUGCCCGGGGCCGGACUCCUGGGCGCAGGUCGGCCGCGGACUGUCAGGGCUGACAGACCUGCGGCUGGACAUGCGGCCGGACGGCCAGGCCGUGCCGGCGCUGUCGGCGCACGUGCUGGGCACGCUGCCCACCAGCCUGGUGUCCCUGCAGGUGGGCGCGCCUAACCGGGGAAAGCCGCACCAGGGGAGUAACAUGUCAGAUGAAGGCCGUAUCGUUGCAGAGGCCGGACGGGGGUGA